UAUCUGCAAUUUGCAAUGUAUUGUUACUGUCUUACUGAUGGAAGUGUUGUUAUUUGGAAACAAUGAGAAUUUUCUGCUGUAAAUAGUGUUUGAAUUUGGGGUGAAAGAAGAAUCGAAGCUGAGUAGACGAUGAUUAUGAAGGAGAGAGAUGAGGAACUUGUGCUAUUCCUGGAGAUGCGAAGAAGGGAGAAGGAGAAUCAACGCAACACUUUUCUGCUCCUUCCUAACUCCGAAAAUGACGUCGUCGACGCUUCUCAUUUCGAAUUUGGUCGUGGUAUUUCUAGUGCAGUGUCUUCAGAGAAUGACAUGUCUGAUUAUGACUGGCUUCUUCCGCCACCGAGUACGCCUCUUUUUCCUACUUUGGAGAAGGAACCACGGAUUUCAGCAAAAGGUGAAACAGAGAUUUCGAAAGCUCGAACAACAGCGCUAAAGCCUCGGGAGACUAAUAUCAUAUCAGAACAACCUUCAAGAAGAAUUAUAGCCUCAAAGACUCAUAGAGUGAUGCCUAGUCUUAAUUCUUCCACUAAUGGUAAUACGAAUAGGAGACCUUCAUCACCAUUCCGUUCUAUAUCUUCAACUCUGUCUUCAACAACCAAAUCCUCUAAGGCAACCUUAACUUCUGCUAAGCCAGUUAGAUCAUCCACUCCUAUUAGAUCUUCAUCUGCAUCGAAAAUGUGCCCUGCACUCGCCAGAAACCCAGCGAAAUCACAAGGUUCCCUGCUUGAUGCUCCUCCAAAAUUGAAGGCUUCAUUGCCUGAAAGACCAGCCUCAGCGUCUAGGUAUGGUAGAUUAUCUUCUCUUGGGGACAAAGACAGUAAUAGCAAUGGAAGACCAAAAAGGCCAAUCUUGAGGAGUAGAUCUGGUUCAAUUAAUGAUGGUGAAAACGAUAGCCCAGAUAUGAUUGGGACAAAAAUGGUUGAAAGAAUAGUGAACAUGAGAAAACUGGUACGACCAAAGCUUGAUGCAGGCCAUCAUUCCGCAGAACAUAAUACUUCUGGCAAGUCUGAUAGGUCAGGAUUUGGAAGAUCACUCUCUAACAAGUCAUUAGAUAUGGCAAUGAGGCAUAUGGACAUAAGAAGCAUCCAGGGUAGUUUGAAGCCACACGUAUGAAACAUGAUACUUCAAAGGAAACAAGCAACUGCAUUGUGUAUUUUGCGGUACUAUAACAUUUGAGAUAUUCAUCAGUUCAUCACUGCCCUUGCCGCUCUAUCUGGAUGUGGUGGUGUGAAGGUAGCAUAAAUGGGUUAAUGGUAGGGAAAAACAAAUUGCCUGUGUUGUUAUAGAGUACUGCAUCAAUUGUUUGGGGUGUGAGAACUGUUGGUAGUUUGCACUGAAGAUUGGCAAUUAGAAUUGUCACACAAUA